UCGUCCUCUCCAACUCUGGCGCGUACGGCGAUGUCAUAAUAAAGGCGAGAGAAGAGGCGGAAGAGUGAGCUGGAACGGGGCGAUCGGCGCACUUCACUUCUCUCAGGCGGAGCCACUAGAUCCGCUGCGCUCCAGGCCCUGGAUGUGGAGGAAAACUUAGAGGAGAUGCAGAAAUGCAUGUGUAUAUUUUCAAAUGGGAAUUUAGACUUGCUGCAGAAUAUGUACACUGAUAAACCUGUUUAACUGCAGUCAAAACCUGGAAAAACUACUAAGGAUGAGGUCCUGUGCCAGAUCAAUGCUUCUAUCUCAGUGGCUGUUCCUGGCAUAUGUGUUAAUGGUAUGCUGCAAAUUGUUGUCCGCGACUAGCCACCAUCCCCGGGGGCACCCAGGCCACCACCAAGUUAAGCAAGGGACAUGUGAAGUGGUGGCGGUACAUCGGUGUUGCAACAAGAACAGGAUUGAAGAGCGGUCACAAACAGUCAAAUGCUCUUGCCUACCAGGACAGGUUGCUGGCACAACAAGAGCGCAGCCCUCCUGUGUCGAAGCUGCUAUUGUCCUCCAGAAGUGGUGGUGUCAUAUGAGUCCUUGCCUGGAUGGAGAAGAAUGUAAAGUGCUUCCAGAUUACUCAGGUUGGUCGUGCAGCAGUGGAAACAAAGUCAAAACUACAAAGGUGACACGGUAGCAAAAUGUACACACAUGCCAAAGCUGGAACCAUGGGAUUUACAGCUGCAUUGCUUGACUAUCACUCAGAGACAUUAAAUUUGUGAGAAAAGCAUCAAGUCUGGACUGUCACCUUUUCAAAUUAGCUGGCAAGAACUGGAGCAGUACUCCUUUUUAACAAGGAAGACACUUCUCAAGCUAUGACUUUCUCACAAAAGACUGAAUACAUUUUAAAGACAGAAACUUUGAAUCUAUCCCUUUCAUGCUCUAGCUGAGCAUCUGUAAAAGACCAACCAAAAUUCCUUCCAAAGUGCAUAAUCUCUAGGACUUUAUUCAUGACAUUGUCAAUCCUGAAACCUUGAUUCAUACAAAGGUAGAAACUGUGAGGUUAAGAACCAGUGAUAAAUCAGAUGAAGGAGCCUCACCAUGAAAAUGAUAGGAAAGACAAUCAAAUUACUCUUCAAAAAUCAACUUCCAUAUAUUUUUACCUGGGAUUUAUUAAGUAUCACAUGAAGUGGAGAAGUCAGUCAUGAGAUUUAAUAAAUAAGUAGCCCUUGCCAAUCUUUGUAUUCUGUUACAGUCUGUGCAAUUUUUUUAAAAAAUCCACACAGUGUUAAGGACAGUAAUGGGAAUAUUCAUUCCAAAAGUAGAUUGUAGCACACCAGAUCAUUCCAUCCACUGGGGAAACAGCAGAAUAGAAGUCUUUAUUGCUGUUUUGCUUCCAGAAAUUGAAAAAAAAAGCCAUUAAUUAGAUAUUUUCAUCCCAAGUCAAGAAACAUCUAGGUCAUGGCUUCACAUUCUCCAAGUUACAAAUGUUGAAAGUGUAGACCUAGGAUAGAUCUACAAAUGGAAGUGUGUGGGAGGGGCUGGCUAGGUAAGUAUAUCAUUUCUGCACUGAUUCCUGUUGGCAUUGAGGAAUGUUGCAGGACUUUGGGCUGAAGCACCCUACCCAUCUGGAGUGCAAAGGUCAAAGAUACUGAAACCGAACACUCCAGUUUAGAUUCUUACUCAUAGCAAAAUGUGUAAUCUUGUGUAGGGCAAGAAAGAAAAUGUAACAAAACUGUGCUACUGAAAGAUAUAUACAAGUUUCCUUCUAAUCUCUUAACUCUGGCAUACCAUGCACUUGCAUAGAUGGCUCUGAAGUGAUAAGAAAGGCUUCAGAAUGGGACAUGAGUAUUUUAAUUUCUGUACUGUCACCCAUGUAUCUGGAUCUGAUUAUUCUUCCUAGUGGCUUUGACCUGCCUGCUGUGACACUACAGUAUAUCAUGGUGCAAGUGCAGCAAAAUGAAGAAUGUUGGUCCUAAGAUAUAUUUAGUUGCACACUAGACUUGGGAUCAGAUUGUCAAGAUUGUACUGAGAAAGGCUAGUAGAAGACAGCUGGAUUUUUGUUACUCUGAUUCCGUCCUAAUAGGCAGCAUAUUAAACACUCGUGAGCAAAGUUCUAGAUAGAAAGAGGAUCUUUACUUUCAGUUAGUUGCUAUUUAUAAUGCUUAUAAUAAUUAAACAUCAGUUCCUUGACAGUCCACAUUUUCUAGCUCAUACAAUUUAUGGCAUGUAAUUGUUUCCUAUUAUUUUAGUUGUAUCUCAUUCUGGUUUCCAUCUUUUCCCCCUAAGUGCUAUACGCUUUUGUUUUGUCAUCAACCUGCAUAAGUGGAACUGUAAAAGGAGGUGAAUUUAUAGCUCAUCUAUUCCUGAUUUCAUCAUUUGAUUUUAAGAUACAGUGGAAUGUAUUCAAAUGUAGUGAUGCACUCACAUCUCCUUGCAGAUGAACUGUCACUGACCCAGCCACGGCUAUGCUUUAUGUAAAUUUCACUGUGUUAACAUACAGCCAAUUUUUGGAGAUCCAGAAUUGCCAAAAACUGGAGACGGUGUUGCACUAAUUUAUUUAAUUGUGUAUAGGA